CCAGUCACGCUGCACUAAUGCCUGGCAGCCAUUUUGUUUUGGGCACCAAGCGGGAGUUGGCGGCGCCGGCCGUGGUGGCACAAACGAAGGGAAGGAAAGGGCAGGCCUGACGAGCGGGAGGACCGGCCGACUAGGUACCCAGCCCGCAAGGAGUGAGCCUCGCGUCAUACCGUUUAAGCAUCUAACCCAACCGCCCAGCUAGUUGACCCGAGCGGGCCCCAUCAGCUCAGGUUCGGCCGGCCCCCGGCCCGCCCGCCGCAGCCGUGGUGGCAGCCCCGGGAGGAGCGCUGGCGUCCGUCUCCUUCGAUUCUCGGGAUUUGAAGAUGGCUGCUCAGUCGGCGCCGAAAGUUGUGCUAAAAAGCACCACCAAGAUGUCUCUAAAUGAGCGCUUUACUAAUAUGCUGAAGAACAAACAGCCGAUGCCAGUGAAUAUUCGGGCUUCGAUGCAGCAGCAGCAGCAGCUAGCCAGUGCCAGAAACAGAAGACUGGCCCAGCAGAUGGAGAAUAGACCCUCUGUCCAGGCAGCAUUAAAACUUAAGCAGAAGAGCUUAAAGCAGCGCCUGGGUAAGAGUAACAUCCAGGCACGUUUAGGCCGACCCAUAGGUGCCCUGGCCAGGGGAGCAAUUGGAGGAAGAGGCCUACCCAUAAUCCAGAGAGGCUUGCCCCGAGGAGGAGGACUACGUGGGGGACGUGCCACCAGAACUCUGCUUAGGGGCGGGAUGUCUCUCCGAGGUCAAAACCUGCUCCGAGGUGGACGAGCCGUAGCUCCCCGAAUGGGCUUAAGAAGAGGUGGUGUUCGAGGUCGUGGAGGUCCUGGGAGAGGGGGCCUAGGGCGUGGAGCUAUGGGUCGUGGCGGAAUCGGUGGUAGAGGUCGGGGUAUGAUAGGUCGGGGAAGAGGGGGCUUUGGAGGCCGAGGCCGUGGCCGUGGCCGAGGGAGAGGUGCCCUCACUCGCCCUGUGUUGACCAAGGAGCAGCUGGACAACCAGUUGGAUGCGUACAUGUCGAAAACUAAAGGACACCUGGAUGCUGAGUUGGAUGCCUACAUGGCACAGACAGAUCCCGAAACCAAUGAUUGAAGCCUGCCUGCCUGCCCACCUGUUAGACUCUUGUUACAGUCACCACAUCUAUAUAAAAAACAAAAAACAAAAAAAAAAAAACCUUGAGAAAACAUGAGAAGAAAUCUGAUUGAUGCUGGAAGGACCUAUCACAAUAGGUUGUGGACUUGCCUGCUACCAGUUGGGGCAUUUAGUCUGUUCCCUCUACUUUUUGAUACUAUGUUACAUGAAACCCUAUUUUCCUUUGAUUUGGUUGAGUUUGUUUUAUUGUUUUUCCAGUCACCCAGACUUCUGUUUCAACAGGAAUGCGUUGGCUUUGUGAGUAGGACCUUUAUCCAGUCUGCUUCACCUGCCAUGUAUGCUCUCAUUUUAAUAUUUCUUCUGUUCAUCUUUAUGAUCCCAGAAAAGGUUCCCAGAAGGAGCCAGUGUUCUCACUAAUGUGUGGGCUCUGGGAUAGAGUUCUACAUUUUCCUUAGAAGCUUUCUGGUCAUAGCUAACACUUUGUAAAGGUGUGUGUGCUAGGCUGGUGUGCAGGUGGUAGUCUGGAAGUGCCGGUACUGCUGCUGGGCCAGGAAAGGCUUACACAAGGCAGCCACCUGGUUUGGUCACUGACGUUGCAUAAGUGGCAGCUGACUUGCUGAGGUGGAUAUGUACAAUUUCCACCCUAAAAUAAGAUUUUUAAGUUUUUUUGGCUUUGUGUCAUGUCCAAGAGGCCUGCACACAUUUAGUAUAGAAGAAGCCAUUUGAUACGGCAGAAGAUACAAGGGUGGGAAACUGUUUACAAACUAACUGCUGGGAAGGGUCAUAUGCUACUCAAGCUGAAAUGCAGUUACCUGUGCCCAGAACCAGUCUAUCUCAGUCUAAUCCACAUAACUGCCUUUAUGUGACCCUCUUGAAGGUUUAAUUUCAACUAUGCUUUGUCAGCUGUUCAGUUUCAGUGGAAUCUUGUAUUUCUGGUUCAUUAUAACAAACUGUUCUCUCAAAUUCUA